AUGCGCGCAUCCUCCGCUAACAGCGCCGCAACGCAGGUCAUAAAAGCACUUUACGACUACAGCGGCCCGCCCGACGCCGCGCCCAACGCGGGCUUUCUUAGUUUCUCUACGGGCGAUUUCUUGCACGUCAUCGGCCGCGAAAACGACAAGGAGUGGUACGAAGCCUGCAAUCCGCUACACGGCGCCCGCGGUCUGGUGCCCGUUGCGUACUUCGACGAAGUGGGCAAAACAGUGCGCGACAGCGCCGGCUCUACAAAAUCUACACCUGCGAACCAGCCCAACGCACCUCACGAUUCGGGUUACCAAGAGCGCAGUAUAACCAGCCCGAACAGUACCGAUAUCAAUAGUGGAAGGAUGUCACGGGGAAUGGGUGGAAUGGGCGGCAUGGGCGGCAUGGGUGGCAUGGGUGGCAUGGGUGGUAUGGCCGCUAUGAUGGGUCUGGGCAAAGGAACGGGCGCCAUGGUUUAUGGGAUAGUUAUGUACGAUUUCAAGGCGGAGCGUCCGGACGAAUUGGAAGCAAAAGAAGGAGAGGCCAUCAUCGUCAUCGCACAGUCAAACCCAGAGUGGUUCGUUGCAAAACCGAUCACGCGACUCGGUGGCCCAGGUCUGAUACCGGUAUCUUUUAUUGAGAUUAGGGACAUGACUACCGGACAGGCUGUGACUGAUCCGCACGAAGCAGUGCGGCGGGCGGGCGUGCCAAAAGUCGAAGAGUGGAAAAAGAUGGCCGCAGACUACAAGAACGGAAGCAUACCGCUAGGAAAGCUCGAAACUAAUUCGCAGCAGACGCUGCAGCAAGGUAUGGAGCGAAUGAGCCUGAGCGGCAAGAGUCAGGCGGGCGGGGCAGCAAAUGGAGGUUAUGGUCAAGCUGGUUCGGUCUCCUCUCACUCGCGCAGUGGCUCUCUCGCACAGCAACCUCGCCAAGACCAGCGUGCAUCAGGCUCGAAUCUCCUCGCGCCGGUAAAAGCAUGCGUACCCCGAUACUGUUUCGCCGACGACAUUUUCUGGUUCAUUAUCGAAUGUCAGAUGGAAGAUGGUCGCCAUUGGGAACUGCAGAGACUGUACCAGGAUUUCUACGACUUGCAGAUCCAGCUCAUCGCCACAUAUCCCCAAGAAGCUGGAACCACUGGAGGCGAGCGCACACUACCGUUUAUGCCCGGUCCAGUGACUUAUGUCACCGAUAAUAUCUCCAAUGGACGUCGUGCUAAUUUGGAUGAGUAUAUCAAGAAUCUCUUAAGGUUAGGACCGCACAUAACUCGGGGGUUGCUAGUCAAAGGCUUCUUUGCACCUAGGCAAGGAGACUACGAAAUCGACCCAGAAAUUUUAGCGCAAGAAGAGUACCGCCUAUCGCAGACAUCGGGUCAGUCAUCGAACCCUUCGCAGGGCGCAUCGCGACAAUCGUCAGCAGAUCAACUGCAGGCCACCACACCACAGACUCCAUACUCGACAGGAUCCAACUUCCCGAACCACCAGCGAGGCAUGUCAAUGGGCAGCACCCAGGGCGGAUUGAACCCACCACCACUGCAACAUCAGCAUUCUGGGGUUUCGGGAACAUCUACGUCUACGAGCACCGGCGUUGGAUCAGCCUUGAAGAUCAAAGUGUGGUUCGGAGAAGACAACUGUGUUGUCAUUCGUAUGCCGCUAUCUCUGAAAUUUGCUGAUCUAUACACCAAGCUGAAGGAACGAAGAGCAGUCGAGCAUCCUGAAGAGAGGGACCAAGAGCUGAGUGUGGAGUAUAGGGACGAAAUGGAGGGCCAGUACUAUCCCAUUGAGAACGACGAGGAUCUGCAGAUUGCGGUGGAGAGAAAUCCUAAGCUUUCAUUGUCGGUUUUUACCCAAAGGUAA